CUCAAGUUCUACUUCAUGAACCCGUGCGAAAAAUUCCAAGCGCGUGGUCGUAAACCAUGGAAACUGGGAGUGCAGAUCCUGAAAAUAGCGAUGGUUACUCUCCAGUUAGUUCUGUUUGGGCUGAGCAAUCAGAUGGUAGUCCUCUUCAAGGAGGAGAACACGAUAGCUUUUAAACAUCUCUUUAUUAAAAACUAUGUGGAUACAGCUGAUAAUGCCGAUAAUGAUUUUGCAAUCUACACGCAAGGUGAAGUCUAUGAGCAUCUCACUUUUAUAUUCAGUCAGUAUGUGCAACUGCAUAAGAUAUCUGUUGGCAAUCACGCCUAUGAGAGGAGAGGGACGGAAUUAACACCGUUGACUGUGUGUCAGUAUUUUUAUAAAAGGGGAAGUGUCAGCCCUGGGAAUGAGUCCUUUAACAUUGACCCAAAGAUUGAAACAGAGUGUUUUGACAUUGAACCAAUACUGCCUCUGCUUAGUGGGCAUCCACCAAACAACAAGCUGAACUUGACGGUACAUUUUCACAGGCUUGUGAUGAUGCAAGUUCAGUUUAAACUGAAGGCAAUUAAUCUACAAACAAUCCGUCGCCAUGAGCUGCCAGAUUGUUACGAUUUUUGUGUUACAAUUAGCUUUGACAAUAAAGCACACAGUGGAAGAAUUCAAAUUAGUUUGGACAAUGAUGCCUCCAUUCGGGAAUGUAAAGGAUGGUAUGUUGCUGGAGGCAUACAAAGGAACACUCACUACAUGAUGAUCUUUGAUGCCCUUAUUGUUGUGAUUUGUUUGAGCUCGUUAAUUCUCUGCACCCGAUCUGUUGUCAAUGGAAUAAAGCUGCAGCAUGAGUUUGUUGACUUUUUCUUGCUCCACUAUAAUAAAAGUGUGACAUGGUCGGACCGCAUGGAGUUUGUGAACGGCUGGUAUAUCCUGAUCAUCGUUAGCGACUUACUGACAAUUACUGGAUCCGUCUUAAAAAUGGAAAUUGAAGCCAAGAGUUUUGCAUCGUAUGACAUUUGCAGCAUUUUAUUAGGAACAGCCACCUUGCUUGUCUGGGUUGGAGUCAUCCGAUACUUGGGCUUUUUCGAGAAGUAUAAUGUUCUUAUAUUAACUCUCCGAGCAGCCUUCCCAAAUGUCAUUCGAUUUUGCUGCUGUGCAUCUAUGAUUUACCUGGGCUACUGCUUCUGUGGCUGGAUUGUACUGGGACCCUACCAUCAAAAGUUUCGAUCUUUGAAUAUGGUCUCGGAGUGCCUCUUCUCUUUGAUCAAUGGGGAUGAUAUGUUUGCGACCUUUGCUGCAAUGCAGGACAAGAGCUACGUGGUCUGGGUGUUCAGUCGGAUCUAUCUAUCCACCUUCAUCAGCCUCUUCAUUUACAUGGUUCUGAGUCUCUUUAUAGCCCUGAUUACUGACGCUUACGAAACAAUUAAGCUUUACCAGCAGGAUGGCUUCCCUCAGACUGACUUGCGUGUUUUUAUAGCAGAGUGCAAAGAUCUGCCAGAUUCUGGCAGGUAUAGAGUGGAGGAGAUGCCUAUUUCUCUCUCCUGCUGUUGUAACAGGUGA